UAGGAAGGUUGGCGGGAGAAAUUGUUGCCAGAGAUGGUGUUGCAGGGAAACCUAAGGUGAACUGAGUCUGAUGGGACAGGAGACGGGAGACAGGGAAGAUGACCCGAAGGCUCAUUGAGCAACGACACGGGCAGGAACAUCCUGAUGGCAAGCGGCACCCUACUCCUGUCUGGGUAGUAGUGGCUUGCUGCGAAUACUGCACGCUCGACUGGUCAAUAGGGGAAAGGACUACCCGGCAUCAGCCCAGGAAUGGAAAGGUAGGUAAUCCACUCGUGUCUCUUAUCCAGGUGAGCAACCGACCUCGACUCCUUGAGUGUCCAUGUUGCCUGCUUCUAGCCACGGAACAUCAGGUACUAAGAGUAAAGACUGAGUCCCACCAUUUUUGUAGAGAGGCACAAUCCGGCCUCACCUCUCACCCCAACUCCCGAGAAUAUUGGGGUCUCCUUCGGUUUGCCCAGGAAGUGAAAUUACCACGGACCCACGGUUGGAAACCAUUUGACAAGACCCGUGACUUCUUGUCCUGGUGUGGGAGACGUAUAUCACUCGCACCGCCGGCGAGCGUUUGUGAGAGAGGGUCAGAUGGUUGGAAAAGUCAGUCAAUCCAAUUCAUGUCCAAGCGACCAGCCAAACACUUCCAUUGUGCUCCGUUGCGGGCAGUUCAACGGCCCGCCUGUCAGUGUGGACUGUGUGGAGCCAACGGGUAGGUAUCUAAGAGGCGCACGGCCCGCUUAAUCCAGCGGCCUGCAGCCUGACGGAUCCACUCAAGUUCACCCCAUUGAAUCUUGAUCCGCGGCCCCGCCAUCACUUCGCGUCGAGGCGUGUCGCGCCGUAUUCGACGAUCCAGACCAGAAACAGGAUGCGAAAUAGUCUGGUGUAUUUGGUGUCUCCAAACUCGCC